AUGUUCGUGAUCUAUCUCGAUGCCAACGUGGUGGAGAACUGCAAGCAGAUGGACAAGCUCGAAGCGGUCGACUUUUCCCUGGUCGACCUGCAAAUGAUCACCGACAUCGCCUCGCAGGAGAACCUCUUUUCGCUGAUCGUCAAUUCCCUGUGCCCCACGAUCUUCGGCCACCAGCUGGUCAAAGCGGGGCUCAUGCUGGCCUUGUUUGCUGGCACGCGGCGGGGCCACGACAAAGACACGCUGCCGAUCCGUAGCGACUCACAUGUGCUCGUCGUGGGCGACCCCGGUCUGGGUAAAUCUCAGCUUCUCCAGGCCGUGAGCAACGUCGCACCUCGCGGGGUGUACGUGUGCGGAUCGUACUCGUCGUCGUCUGGCUUGACUGUCACCCUCUUUAAGGAGAAGGGGUCGGGAGACUAUGCGCUCGAAGCCGGAGCGCUCAUCCUCGGCGACCAGGGCGUGUGCUGCAUCGACGAGUUUGACAAGAUGCCCAACGAACACCAAUCGCUGCUGGAAGCCAUGGAGCAGCAAUCGAUAUCGAUCGCCAAGGCCGGCAUCGUUUGCUCUCUACCCGCCCGCACGGCAGUGAUCGCCGCGGCGAAUCCCGUGGGCGGACACUACAAUCGAGCCAAGACCGUGGCGGAGAACCUGAAAAUGAGCGAAGCGGUGCUGUCACGUUUCGACCUGGUCUUCAUCCUGUUGGACAAGCCCGAUGAGCAGCGGGACCAAAUGAUCUCCGACCACGUCAUGGCGCUGCACUCGGCCCAAAAGAAGGUGCACAGGAAGAGGAAGAAAGUGGAGAACGAGGAGGACCCGACCAAGCGCAAGUCGUUGCUCCAACGGCUCGACCCGUCUCUAAUCCCCGCGGACACGCUCAUUCCCCCGCUCCUCGUGCGCAAGUACAUUGCCUACGCGAAGAAAUACGUCUCGCCCAAGCUCAGCGUGGAGGCGUCGGUCGUGCUGCAGAACUUCUACAUCUCCCUUCGCAAGAAGCACCGGGCCUCGGAUUCCACCCCUAUCACCACACGACAGCUGGAAUCGCUCAUCCGGCUAUCAGAGGCGAAAGCCAAAGCGGAGCUUCGUGACGUGGUCACCGAAGAAGACGCACGGGACGUGGUGGAGCUGAUGCAGAGUUCCCUGUUCGACCUGUUCGAGGACGAAUACGGCAAUCUCGAUUUCAGGCGAACGACCGGCGUGAGCAAGUCGGGCCAGGUGAAGGCGUUCGUGCAGGCCCUGUCUAAGGUUGCAGCCAGGGAGAGCAACUCGGUCUUCACCAAAGUGGAGUUGAACCAGGUGAUGAGCGACAUCAACCUGCGGCUGGACAUCAGCUUCGACGACUUCAUCGACCGCCUCAACAUUCAAGGCUUCCUCCUCAAAAGCGGACCCAACGCCUACAAACUGGUCGCCGCCUAG